CCCAGUUGGUUAUUUGGUUUCGGUGCAUUCUGCUUGUUGAACGCCUUUGCAGCUGUGUCAGCGGUGUUGCAGUAACCAAAUACCCACCGCCGUUAGCUGUUCCGUCCGUGUUCUGUUGGAGAACCUGUUCAAUGGCUGUUGUGCAGCGUGUUCCUUGCUCCCAGCUUUUGUUACUGCCGGCGCUUGAGCGAUACUGAGCAUCGACGGCUACAGAUGCACAGGCCAGCAAUUUCUUUCGACGUGUGAUCUCUUGAAACGAAGCUUACCGCUAACAUUUCCAAGCACAAAGUGUGAUAUCCAUGUGAAAACCUCAUUGGGAGCAUGCUUCCGUUGUGAUUCGGUAAUCGACGUCGGAUCACUACUGCUGCCAGAGCUUGCAAGUUGAAUUACUCUGCGUUUGUGCCAUUCUUCCGACGUCACCAUGGUGGAAAAAAACCAAGAUUCUGUGGAGUGGUUGCUGCUCCUAGCCUGCGCCGUGCAUCUCGUCGUUUGCCCGUUCACGAAAGUUGAGGAGAGCUUUAACCUGCAAGCUAUACACGACAUUAUUUACCAUAGAACAAACAUUUCGAAUUACGAUCACCUGGAAUUUCCUGGUGUUGUGCCAAGGUCGUUUGUGGGCCCCCUUAUGGUUGCUCUCUUUGCCGGACCAUGGGUUGCUGUGAGCACACUAAUGGGCUUGGAAAGGAUAGUUGCGCAGUUCGUAGUGAGGGCUGUCCUUGGGACGAUGGUGGCAUGUGCAUACCGCGAGUUCAGCAGGGCCCUCCAAAAAGAAUUUGGAGCUGCCAUGACCAACUGGCUUACAUUGCUGACAGUAUCACAGUUCCAUUUUGUGUUCUAUAUGUCGCGACCACUUCCCAACACCUUCGCUUUGAUUUUCGUGUUUCUUGCAUAUUGCUACUGGCUAGAACAGCGCCAUUUCCCGCUCAUUGUCACAAGUGGAGUGGCUGUUCUUGUUUUUCGUGCUGAGCUGGCAUCCCUCCUGGGCAUCAUCAUUCUGAUGGAGAUCUUUUCUGGCCGUCUGAGCAUACUUAAUGUUUUCAAGUGGGGAAUACCCAUUGCACUAGCAUUGCUUGGAACCACCAUUGCUAUUGACUCCUACUUCUGGCAGCGAUGGCUGUGGCCGGAAGGUGAAGUGCUCUGGUUCAAUGUGGUGUUGAAUAAGAGCUCUGAAUGGGGUACUUCACCCUGGUCGUGGUACCUGUAUUCGGCCAUUCCCCGAGCACUGGGCAGCUCCUUGCUCCUAAUCCCCAUCGGGGUGUGGGUAGACCGGCGGGUCAAGAUGCUGCUGCUGCCUGCAGUGGGAUAUGUGCUGCUCUACUCCUUCCUGCCCCACAAGGAGCUGCGUUUCAUCAUCUACAUUCUCCCCCUCCUCAAUGUGGCCGCUGCAAGGGCCUGCUUGUACUUCUGGAACAGCAGACUCAAGUCCUCAUGGCAUGUUGUCUGCACACUGGGCAUCUGCUUCCAUCUUGUCGCUAACCUUUUUGCGACUGGCCUCUUGCUUUACAUCUCCAGCCACAACUACCCUGGUGGCUAUGCGCUUAAGAAGCUCCACGAAAUUGAGGCAGGCUUGCCAGUUGCCAAUAUCCACAUCGAUGUGUUUGCUGCUCAGACCGGGGUUUCCAGAUUUGGAGAGUUGAAUCCUCAUUGGAGGUACAACAAGACUGAAAACCUUGUUCCUGGUGGCCUGGAGAUGCAAAGCUUCACGCACCUCAUCCUGGAGGGCAAGUCCGUGCACAGUAGCUCAGUGGUGCCUUACCGAGACACCCACGAGCUCCUGGCCACAGUGGAAGGUUACAGCCAUGUGCGUCUCAACUACGCCACCUUGCCUCUUGUGCACGUGCGGACUCGACCCCGAGUGCUCAUCCUCAGGCGCAAAGUGUCGCCCACACAGGUCAUCCUCGAUCUCCAGCACAAGCGAUCAGCACAAGUGUGACCAUCACAGGUCUUGCCUGUUUCCUGGUGCCUCGUUGCCAGUGUUUUGUUUGACCUCUCUUCUGAUAGUUGUGUAAUGUGUAGGUUUGUGCCGGCCCUUUUGGUUCGCUCAGUGCAAGGCUUACAAGUCUAUAAAUGUGGAAGAUGGUGUUAAGAGCAGGGCAAAGAGAAUGAAUGGACAAUGGACAUGCAUUGAGCUUCUUAUUUCAGGUACAUUAUUUUCACUAAUGCGUUUUGUGCUGCAGCUUUGGUCUUUUUUUUUUUUUGUCUGUCUAAGACACAAGGUAAAAUUGUUAUUGUAUGAAAUUAUUAUCUCUCGAAGCUUUACAUUGCAGUGUUUUAGAUGGAAUGCAUUGAGUAAAUUUAUUUGAAAUAUUUAUUUUGAGUGCUGUGCUCCAUGUUUCAUAAUUCUUAUGCAUAUAAACCUGAACUGGAAGCUCCCAUUAUGCCAGCAGUUUGUAAAACAAAUGAAGAAACCUGCAUCAUGUUAAAGAGUAAGUGAGUAGCCCAAGAAGUCAGGGGCUUAGUGAGCUGACCAAAGAUAUGUUGCUGUACAUCAUUGUCUAGACAUGCUUUACAGUUAACUUGUGCAUAUGUAGUGAUGUGAAGAUUCAGAGUAAUCUGAUAAUUUCUUUGAAACAAUCAAAAAGGGUCUGCUAUAUGGUGCUUGUUGCGAAUGACGUGCUUACACAGUGAAGAACAGAAUGUACUAGUCCUUGCAUGCUUGUCAGAUGUCAGUGUAUGCAAUGCAAAGUGUUGUGCAGCAUAAGAAAUUAUAGAUUAUUUUUGAGAGAUGGAUUUCUUGCCAUCAGUCAAGAGCAACACAAAGUGUACACUUGACACACAGUAGUGCACACAGCUGCACAAUCUUCAAUUGACAACUCAAAGCAUCACUCACUGCACAUCUUGCAACUUCAGCUUUGUGCUCAGUUGGGCUGCUUGGUAUUUCUUGGUGAAAAGAAUACCUUGAACAAUUGUGUUUACAGAAAAGGGACAAAGAAUAUUGGAAGAACUGCAGCACAGCAUUGGCUAUGGCAUUGCUGUGCCCUCUGUCAAGUUUCCUUUUCACCAACUGCAGCACAUGUUGCUAAGGUAAUGGUGACUUAGCCAGGUCAGCUAAACUUUGUUGUAACAAGGAUGAGCAAAGAGAAUACGAAUGUUACACUUACAAAUGAUAGUUUGUUUGUUUCAACCUAUGGUCUCGACCAGAACCAACUAGGCCAGCUCUCACUCUUAUCGCUCAGAUUAUUUGAAACACAGGGUAGCGCUUAUUCUUUUAAUGUGUAGUGCUCACAUUACAUUUGUGUAGGUCUCAGCCCAGCCUUGUGUGCUGCAGCAUGUGGCUUGUGAUGUUUGUGCUCCAGAUGCCAAUAUCAAGUGCAUGCUAGUAACACACUAGCCUUUGCCAUCUGCAGGCUGAGGAGGGAGUGACAAGAUCCUCAAAGUAUCAGAAUCACACUUUAUCGUCCCAAGAUUUGAAAGGGACCCCAGACACAAAGCUAUAGUAAGUAGCUAGGGAUUACAAUCGUGAAUCAUGCAUUCUCUAUGCUUUAUUCAGGCUACACAUGUGCAGGGAAAUGUUUGUUGCAUGUUUUGCCUACUCUUUUAUUUGUGCAUGGUGAGAGCAGAGAAAACUGAGCUUCAAUUUUGCACCAAAGAAUGCCACUCAUAUAUUGAUCUCUAUUAGUGCACACUUUACUGCGCUAGCCCAGUGGAUUCCAUUUCACAACUGCAAAAGGCUUCCAGGCAAGUGAUGUUCUAAGGACAAUCAUUAUGACAGAUUAUGGUGAAACUUUACUAUUUACUAUUUCCCGUCUGCGUACGUUGGCUUUCUUUUUCCCAUAUUCUUGGCCAAACAAGGCAACAGGAAAAGCAGUUGAAUAUGCUUAGAAUGUCUCGCAGCUUGACUUAUCACCAAGCUUGAGAGGUGGUUUGCCAUUAAACCUGAAUAUUGCUCGCCUUCAUGGUUUCUGCAAGGAGGAGGUGAUGUUCUACAGGGCAGUGAAGCCAUUGUCCACUGCCACAGGCACUGUUAUUAGCAACACUGUUGAUGAUAGUGUUGCAAAACCUGAAUUGUUGCGCUAGCAGAUGGCAUGGCUGUUCACAGCAUUUCCCCAUGCUCACCUUUCAGUGUUUCGUGAGCUGCAAGUUGAACUAAAUAAGUGUUUAGCUGAGGUGACGGAAUGCUCAUUUAUGAAAAAUGGCAUAUUUACAGCAUUCACAAUUCCAAGAACAAAGAGAUGCUAUCAUUUUGUGCAAGUUGUUUCACAAACAAUGCUCACCACCCUAAAUUAAAAUUUGUAUGAGAGUACAAAUCAGCACUGCUGGCCAUUCAUUUGUGUGUAAUGAUGUGGAGUGCUUGUAUGUGAAAAAUCUCAGUUGCCCCAGUAAUCACUACUGAAACAGCGCAAAAGGCACAGACUGAGAAACUGUGUUGUCAUGUUACCCAUGUCAUUGUCACUCAUGUCUUUUGCACUGUUUUCGGUAUGGAACAUGACCCAAGCUGGUACCUUGCUGUCCUUGUAAUGACCGAGUGUAGAGGACCACUGCGUACAGCUAUCUUUGCUUCUCCUUUAGAAACCCACAUGCAUCUUUACCAUCUUUCAUUGCUGUACAUAUUGAAUUGGCUAAACAUUUUAAUAUCUUUGGUGAAAAUAGCCUUGUGUGCAACCCUUGUAAACAUGUCACUGUUAUUUUCUGUUCUCGAAGAAAACAUUUCUUCUUGAAAUAUGGAGUUAACCCACCAGUACACUGUAAGUGAACAUAAACUUCAUUGUAGAUUA